GCUGUGGCGGGGAGGCCCUGCCAGUUCUGGGGUGGGGGGGAAACACCAGCGAGGGCUGGCUAAGGGAAGGCACCGGCAGCCCCCGGAAGGGGCGCCCCUCCCCACCGGACCGGGAGGUCCCUAGAACUUGGUUCUCAGCCCCCCCUUGCCCGGAGGGGGGGUCUCAGAGUCCGCAGCCCCCUCCCCAGGGGCCUGACUCACACUCGGGGAAAGCCGCGAACGUUGCAGACGUUCCACGUCCCAUCCCCUUGUACCAGCCCCCAGGACCUGAGCAGUGGCCUCGCCAUAGCCUAUGUGCUGAACCAGAUAGACCCUUCCUGGUUCAACGAGGCGUGGCUCCAGGGCAUCUCAGAUGACCCAGGUCGCAACUGGAGGCUGAAGGUGACAGGUCAGCAAUCUGAAGACAAUCUUACAGAGCUUGGUGGAGUACUCCCAGGAUGUCUUGGGGCAUCCCAUUUUGGAGCAACACCUUCCAGAUGUGAGCCUCAUUGGCGAGUUUUCGGACCCAGAAGAGCUUGGCAAGCUGCUUCAGCUGGUGCUUGGCUGUGCCAUCAGCUGCGAGAAAAAGCAGGAACACAUCCAGAGAAUCAUGACGCUGGAGGAAUCAGUUCAGCAUGUGGUGAUGGAAGCCAUCCAGGAGCUCAUGACCAAAGACACCCCUGACUCCCUGUCACCAGAAACGUAUGGGAACUUUGAUAACCAGUCCCGAAGGUACUACUUCCUGAGUGAGGAGGCUGAUGAAGGGGAUGAGUUGCGGCAGCGCUGUCUGGACCUGGAGCGGCAGCUCCUCUGCACCUCCUGCUGGCAGCUGGUGCUCCUGGCGGAGGAGAAGCAGAGCCUGGCCCAGGAAAAUGCGGUGCUGCGGGAGCGGGUGGGCCGGCCAGAGGGUGAGGGUGCCGCCGGCCUCACCACCAAGAAGCUGUUGCUGCUGCAGUCUCAGCUGGAGCAGCUGCAGGAGGAGAACUUCAGGCUGGAGAAUGGCAGGGAAGAUGAGCGCCUGCACUGUGCUGAGCUGGAGCGAGAGGUCUCUGAGCUGCAACAGCGGAACCAGGCACUGACCAGUCUGGCCCAGGAGGCACAGGCGCUGAAGGAUGAGAUGGACGAGCUGCGGCAGUCCUCUGAGCGUGCUGGGCAGCUGGAGGCCACGCUGAGCAGCUGCCGGCGCCGGCUGGGUGAGCUGCGGGAGCUGAGGCGGCAGGUGCGGCAGCUGGAGGAGCGCAACGCUGGCCAUGCCGAGCGCACUCGGCAGCUGGAGGAUGAGCUACGUCGGGCCGGCUCGCUGCGUGCUCAGCUUGAGGCUCAGCGACGACAGGUUCAGGAACUACAGGGCCAGAGGCAGGAGGAGGCCAUGAAGGCCGAGAAAUGGUUAUUUGAGUGUCGAAACCUGGAGGAGAAGUAUGAGCUGGUGACAAAGGAGAAGGAGCGGCUGCUGGCGGAGAGGGACUCCUUGCGGGAGGCCAAUGAGGAACUGCGCUGUGCCCAGCUGCAGCCUCGGGGGCUGACCCAGGCUGACCCCUCACUGGAUCCCACCUCACCAGCUGUGGAAAACUUAGCAGCAGAGAUCCUACCUGCGGAGCUGAGGGAGACGCUCCUGCGGCUUCAGCUGGAGAACAAGCAGCUGUGCCAGCAGGAGGCGGCCUACCGGGAGCGGCAGGAGGAGCUGCAGCGCCACCUGGAGGAGGCCAACCGCGCGCGCCACGGGCUGGAGACGCAGCUGCGGCUGAACCAGCAGCAGCUGUUGGAGCUGCGGGCCCAGGUGGAGGACUUGCAGAAAGCCUUGCAAGAGCAGGGGGGCAAGGCUGAGGAUUCCAUUUCCGCCCUGCUGAAGAGGAAGCUAGAGGAACAUCUGCAGAAGCUGCAUGAAGCAGAUCUGGAGCUGCAGCGGAAGCGAGAGUACAUUGAGGAGCUGGAGCCGCCCGCUGACAGCGGCACCGCCCGGCGUAUCGAGGAGCUGCAGCACAGCCUGCAGAAGAAGGAUGCGGACUUGCGGGCCAUGGAAGAGCGGUACCGCCGCUAUGUGGACAAGGCGCGCACGGUCAUACAGACCCUGGAACCCAAACAACGGCCACCCGGAGGGGCGCCCCCAGAACUUCACACCCUGAGGACACAGCUCCGGGAGCGUGACGUCCGCAUCCGGCACCUAGAGAUGGAUUUUGAGAAGAGUCGAAGUCAGCGGGAGCAGGAAGAGAAGCUGCUCAUCAGUGCCUGGUAUAAUAUGGGCAUGGCUCUGCAGCAGCGAGCUGGGGAGGAGCGGGCACCAGCCCAUGCCCAGUCAUUCCUGGCACAGCAGCGGCUGGCCACCAACACACGCCGUGGGCCCCUGGGACGCCUAGCAUCCCUGAACCUGCGCCCCACUGACAAGCCCUGAUGGACCUUAGGAUCCUGCCACCUGUCCAGCCCUGGGGGGCUCAAUCCACCCUGGAUUCCGCCCCCACUCACUUGGGGCCCAGCAUCAGGAAGGCCUCAGUCUGCUGCCUGAGAGCCUCAACGUCAUGACUUCUGCCCUUUGUUCUCUUGGAUGGGACAAGAGCGCAGGAUAGGGCAGGAGGCAGGAAGGGCCUAUUCUUUCUAGCAAUGUGAUUCUUAUCCUUGAUUUUCAACCUCGGGUUAAUGAGAUGCCAGGAAAGAGAGUGAUUUUAUAUUUGAGAAGAAAAAUAAUAAAGAUUUUCAAUCUGCCCUGGCUGGACUCUGGGCACUGAGGGGAGGGAGAGAAGAUCCCUCAGGGGAUCUUCUGAUCAUUGCUUUUAGAAAGCUUGUGUUCUUAUUGAAGCAUGAGUGAGUGAGAGCACCCACCAGGAGACAAGAAACACGUUUGUGUCUGUAACUGUAUGUGCGUGUGGUCAUUUUUGAAGAAGCUUCAGGCAAAAAUCCCUGCCCCAUGAAGCUAUCAUUUCUAAUGAGACAGACAAUAAACAAAAUAGAUAAAGUAAAA